AAUGAGUAACAGUUAUAAAGAGCUGUCCGCACCCACUUGCACUCCCCAUCACCAACAACCCAAACCAACCACCUCCACACACUGAUUUUCGUGCAUCCUCCUCCAUUUUCAGGCUUCAAAUCCCACCCUCUCCACAACAACAACAGCUACUACUACUACUGCACAAACCUCAAAAUGCAACUCACCGCCCUCCUCUCGACCCUCCUCGUCGCCACGACCACCACCCUAACCACCGCCUUCCCCACAACCCUCCACCACAGACAAGACCAACAAACCCUCCGUCCCCUCCAAAUCAGCGACCUCACCGCGCGCACUCUCUCAGACCUAGACUUCGGGCUCUUCAACAUGACCCUCUACGACCCCAACACCGACUCCGCCCCGACCAUCUGCAACGUGAACUGGCACCCCACCAAACCGGUCCCCACCUCCACAACCGUGAAAUGCUACAACAACGCCUACGAAGUCAGCUUCCCCGCCGGACUGGGCAGCCACAUCGACCGAUUCACCCUGCGGGUGCAGACGACCAACACCAGCAGUGUCCAAGAGCGAGGCGAGGUGCGGCUGGACGCGUCGAUCGAGGACACCAAGUGGGUGUGUCGGAACCGCACGACGGAGUAUAUCAAGCAGCAGUGUGCGUACUCUGGGGUAUUGGAGAUUGAGAUCUAGGUUUGGGGAAAUAAUAGGGAAGGUCUGAUUGGGGGCGAUGCAUUGUUUCGGGUCGUCACCUCAAAGAUACGAAUACUUAAUGAUUAUGGAAGCUAGAUGGUGAUGGAUGGGAGAAGAGGGGGGCAUGGUAUCACGAUUUCAUUAUGUUAUGUCGGGUAAUAGACUUCAGUUUGCUUGUUAACAGGAAUAAUAAAGACGAUUAAUUCGGA